AUGAAUUGGGAAAUCCUAUUUUUAUUUCAGGCCACAGCCUUCUACCAGCUGGCUGCCUUUCCAUUCGCUGUUCUGUUUCAUUAUCUAUGCACCUCUAGGAGUCUGUCUGAAAAUGCAAGAUAUGUUUACCUCUUGGUAGGUGGUUUCCUUCUAGCCUGUGCUUCCAUGGGGUGUUACGCCCUGCUGCUUUUCGUACCUGCGUUUUGCUCUGUUGCGGUAAUCCAUUCAGCUGGCGCACACCAAGUCCACAAGUGGGCAUUCUUCUUCCAGAUGAGCUGGCAAACCCUGUGUCAUCUUUGGCUGCAUUAUAGAGAAUAUUACCUUCAAGAAGUGGCGUGCACCAGGUUGUCCAUCACGCUUUCUGCACUCAUGCUCAUGACCCAGAGGGUCACUUUGCUGGCUCUGGAUAUCCAUGAAAGAAAAGUGAGGAUGGGGUCACCAUGUGAGGAAGAGAAGGGGGGCCCCUGGCAGCAACUGCUCCGGGCACUGCCAUUUUGUACUUACCUGCUCUCGUUCCCCACCCUGCUGGGAGGCCCCCUAUGUUCUUUCAACCGAUUUCAGGCCUGGAUCAGGUAUUCCGGAACGCCACAUUCUCUAGGCUCCCUCUGGGAUGUCACUCAAAAAGGCCUGGGUGCUCUGAUUCUGGGCUUUUUGAGGAAUAUUUUGGGGGGAUACAUUUGCCCUCAGGACGAUCUAACAGCUUGCACUCACUUUGGCUGCAUUUAUGUCAUGUGGACUUCAGCCUUGUUCUUCAGGUUGACGUAUUACUCUCACUGGAUGCUCGACGAGUCCCUCUUCCUUGCUGCUGGUUUGGGUCUGAAACUUGGACAUGAUCAACGUGGAGAGACUGCCGAUGACGUCCUCCUGGACACGGACAUUUGGACCUUAGAAACAACCAACACAAUUGCUGCCUUUACCCGGACGUGGAACAAAAGCACGGCUCAGUGGUUGAGAAGGCUCAUAUUCCAGCGGAGCGAUUCCUGUCCUGUGCUGGCCACCUUUGCCUUCUCUGCUUGGUGGCAUGGCCUCCACCCUGGCCAGGUCUUUGGGUUUCUGUGCUGGGCUGCGAUGGUGAAAGCCGAUUACCGUUUUCAUCACUUUUUUGGUUCAGUUGCAAAAUCCCAGCUUCAGAGAUGGCUGUAUCAACGCCUGACCUGGUGUCAUACACAGCUAGUUGUAGCGUAUAUUAUGAUCGCUGUUGAACUGAGGAGCCUCUCCAUGCUUUGGUGGCUGUGUGCUUCAUACAACAGCUUCUUUCCACUACUCUAUGUCAUUUCAUUCCUACUGUUAACAAAGAGAAGAGUCAGCAGUCCUGCUGCCCGCACUUCCCAGACUUAG